AUGGAAGAGGACCUUCAUCGCGAGCAGCGUCGCCGCACGUACGUGCACGCGGCAACGGCUGAGGACGCGAACAAGGAAGCCGUCAGCACCCACGUAAGCGGGUACAACCCAUGGGAGGUGCUGGGCCUGAAGCCGGGUGCGUCGACGCAGACGAUCCGCCUGCGCUACCACGAGCUCAUGAAGCAGGUUCACCCGGACAUGGCGGCCGACGGUGCCGGCGACAUCCCACGCCUCAACCAAAUUAACAAGGCAUACGAGCUGAUCACGAAGAGCCCGACGCUGGACCGGCGCUACCGCAACCUCGUCUCCGACACGCAGUACUUCUACUACAAGUUCCUACCCGAGUGGAUGGCGCGCAACGUGGACGAGAUGCCGCGGUACUGGAGUUGGGUUAAGUGGCGUACCCCGAGCAGCUUCCACAUUUUCCUGCUGCUCUGCGGCUUCUACGUGCUCGGCCGCUUCUACGCCGCCUUCCCGAUGCUGACGAGCAUCUUCUUCGUCUCCGUGGCGCUGGAUGUGCUGUUACACACGAUGCUAGCCCCGGCGGCGCUGUGCAUGCUGUUUCUCUACUCGAUCAUGGCGUACCGGAGCUACGAUAUGGCGUGGCUGACCAGCCCGAAGGGCUUCCUGCGUCGUGAGUUGGGCUAUUAA